AUGAAUGAUAAUCUGGGGAUUUAGAAUAACAGAUUUCACAAGAAAGCUGUAUAAAAUCGAAAGAGAUAAACGUCAGCAGAUACAAAUACUAUUCAGUAGAUGUAGAAAGGAAAGAAAAAAAAUGAAUACUAUGAAAGAUGGCUAACAAAUUAAAAGAUCCCAUAAUAAAAAUUGGAUUCUGAGUCAAAUCUAGAUAAUCAUACACCAUCAACUCCAAAAGCUUAAAUUCCAACUAAACUAGAGCCUAAAUUAAUAAGGGAUGUCAUGCAGAAAUUCGAUUCAGAUCAAUAUGGACUUUGA